GCGGCGCGCUCCCGCUCCAGACAGCCGUGUUGCUCGCCGUGCCCGCAGACACAAAGCUCUGUCCGCCGGUGUAUAUCCGCUCCCAGAGAGAGAGCCCACCCCCUCUGCUCCCCCGGGCCCUCCCCUCCUCUUCUCUACUCCGGAGCCGCCAUCUAUUCCCAAUGUUAGCCGCAAAGAAGCCAGAGUCCAGCGGGGGCGAGAACGGAGCCGAGUCUCAGCCCCCUGUCCCUAUAUCUGUCUCCUCCUCAUCAUCAUCUUCAUCCUCGUCUUCUUCCUCCUCCGGGAUCAUGGCUUCCCCGGACACCGGCACCUCACUAGAGAGAACCCCUAGGAAGAAAGAGAGGACCUCCCCCGGGCCGCCCCCUGUACCCGGGAUCAUGGCGGGUGGGGGAGGGGGAGAUCGAGACCGAGACCAUGGGGGACAACCGGAGACCCCUGAGGGGCGCAGGACAAGCCGGAGGAAGAGGGCCAAGGUCGAGUACAGAGAGAUGGACGAGAGUCUUGCCAAUCUCUCAGAAGAUGAGUAUUAUUCAGAAGAGGAGAGGAAUGCAAAGGCUGAGAGGGAGAAGAAGGUCCCCCCACCCCCUCCCAUAGCUCCUCCUGAGGAAGAGCCUGAAAGUGAGCCUGAAGAGCCCUCAGUAUAUUCAGGUGUAGAAGGUGCAGCUUUUCAGAGCAGACUUCCGCAUGACAGGAUGACAUCUCAAGAGGCAGCAUGCUUCCCGGAUAUCAUCAGCGGCCCACAGCCAACUCAGAAGGUCUUCCUUUACAUCCGGAAUCGCACAUUGCAGUUGUGGUUAGACAAUCCAAAAGUUCAGCUAACGUUUGAGGCAACCCUUCAGCAGCUGGAAGCGCCUUAUAAUAGUGACUCUGUGCUGGUUCACAGAAUACACUGCUAUCUGGAAAGGCAUGGGUUAAUCAACUUUGGUAUUUACAAAAGACUGAAACCUUUGCCUGUCAAGAAAACAGGGAAAGUAAUAAUCAUUGGCUCUGGAGUGUCUGGAUUGGCUGCAGCUCGCCAGUUGCAAAGUUUUGGCAUGGAUGUUACUGUUUUAGAAGCAAGGGACCGUGUUGGAGGAAGAGUUGCCACAUUCCGUAAGGGAAGUUAUGUUGCUGAUUUAGGUGCAAUGGUGGUCACGGGACUUGGAGGUAAUCCAAUGGCUGUGAUCAGCAAGCAAGUAAACAUGGAGCUGGCAAAAAUAAAGCAAAAAUGCCCCCUUUAUGAAGCGAAUGGGCAAGCUGUUCCAAAAGAAAAAGAUGAGAUGGUGGAGCAAGAGUUUAACCGUUUGUUGGAGGCCACUUCCUACCUCAGCCAUCAGCUAGACUUCAAUGUUCUUAAUAACAAACCUGUCUCACUAGGUCAGGCAUUGGAGGUGGUCAUACAACUUCAAGAGAAACAUGUGAAAGAUGAACAGAUCGAGCAUUGGAAAAAAAUUGUAAAAACUCAGGAUGAAUUAAAAGAAUUGUUAAAUAAGAUGGUGAAUUUAAAGGAGAAAAUAAAGGAGCUCCAUCAGCAAUAUAAGGAGGCUUCUGAAGUAAAGCCUCCUAGAGACAUCACUGCAGAGUUUUUAGUGAAAAGCAAGCACCGAGAUCUGACAGCCCUCUGCAAGGAUUAUGACCUGUUGGCAGAGGCACAAGCAAAACUUGAAGAGAAAUUGCAAGAACUUGAAGCCAACCCUCCAAGCGAUGUUUACUUGUCCUCCAGGGACAGACAGAUACUUGACUGGCACUUUGCAAAUUUAGAGUUUGCUAAUGCAACCCCUUUGUCUACACUUUCCCUAAAACAUUGGGACCAGGAUGAUGACUUUGAAUUUACUGGCAGUCAUUUAACUGUAAGGAACGGCUAUUCCUGUGUUCCAGUGGCAUUGGCAGAAGGACUGGAUAUUAAAUUGAAUACAGCUGUCCGACAAGUACGAUACACGGCUUCUGGAUGCGAAGUAAUAGCAGUGAACACACGGUCUACUAGUCAAACAUUUAUUUAUAAGUGCGAUGCUGUCCUUUGCACUCUGCCUCUUGGCGUAUUGAAACAACAACCUCCUGCCGUUCAGUUUGUUCCUCCACUUCCGGAAUGGAAGACCUCUGCUGUUCAAAGAAUGGGUUUUGGAAAUCUGAAUAAGGUGGUACUCUGUUUUGACAGAGUAUUUUGGGACCCCACUGUGAAUUUAUUUGGUCAUGUAGGCAGUACAACUGCCAGCAGAGGGGAGCUUUUUCUUUUCUGGAAUCUUUAUAAAGCACCGAUACUUCUGGCCUUAGUAGCAGGAGAAGCAGCUGGAAUCAUGGAAAAUAUCAGCGAUGAUGUUAUAGUUGGACGUUGUUUAGCCAUUCUUAAAGGAAUAUUUGGAAGUAGUGCAGUUCCACAGCCAAAGGAAACUGUUGUGAGCCGGUGGCGUGCUGAUCCAUGGGCCCGUGGUUCUUACUCUUAUGUAGCAGCUGGUUCUUCUGGCAAUGAUUAUGAUUUAAUGGCUCAACCAAUUACUCCAGGCCCUGCCAUUCCUGGGGCACCUCAGCCUAUCCCUCGCUUGUUCUUUGCUGGUGAGCACACCAUCAGGAAUUAUCCAGCUACUGUUCAUGGGGCUCUCCUAAGUGGUUUGAGAGAGGCAGGACGUAUUGCUGAUCAGUUCCUUGGUGUCAUGUACAAUAUACCUCGUCAACCCACCGCUGUGGGUCCUGCACCAACCAUGUAGUUUAUUAUAGAAGGACAUUGGAUUGAUUUGAUUUUUGGACUGGAUUUCUCCAUUUGAACACACCUAUUUAUGGCUGCUGAAGUAUUUCAAACCAAGCUGAUCAUCAAAGUAUUAAUGGAUUUGUUACUUCAAACUGUUUUGUACACUAACAUCAAAUUCUGAUGUUUAAUUUUGUCAGAUCAUGAUUGCUAUUUUCUGGCACUUGUAGCUACAUUUGCAUCCAGAAUUAUGCCCCUUUAAUGUUUAAACAAACAUUCUGGCAUUGAUUUAUUACUGUUUUUUCUUUGUCUUGGGUCUGUCUUCUUUUUUUUUUUGUAGUAAAUUUGUGUAGUAACUGUCUGAUCAAGUAUUUUUAUAUUAAAUCUCUUUAUAAAAAAAUAAAUAAAAGUAAUAAAAAUGCAAAAACAA